UCUCUACUAGCACGCUUUUCGAAUACUGUACCGACUUCACUAAAAAGAUCGUCUUAUCUAGAACAAUGUUAGGACUCUGGUGUGCUGCUAUUGUUAUUCUUCUUGUUUUUCUUUAUCAGCGAUUGUCGAGUCCCAUUUCUAAACUCCCUGGCCCUUGGUAUACCAAGUUGACAAGUCUGGUUAUCAAGUACCAUGAGUUCUCGGCUAGCCGUCGUGUAUUUAUCCAUCAGCUGCACAAACAGUAUGGCACUAUUGUGCGGAUAGCACCCAACGAGGUCUCCUUUGCAUCUUUGGAUGCCAUUCGAGAGAUUUACGCGUCAGGCGGCAGUGGCUAUGAUAAGACGGAAUUAUAUGACCUCUUUCGACAGUUUGGGAUCAAGACCAUGUUCUCUACACUCGACAAGCAGACGCACAAUGAGCGAAAGCGACAAUUAGCCGAUCGAUAUGCCAUGUCCAAUAUUCUGCGAGAACAUCAUGUGUCGGCGAUCCGAGAUAGCGCUAAAGCGUUCGUAUCCAAGUGUGCAGCUGUGGCGAAGGGUGUGGAUGUCUAUGUCUAUCUACACUGCUACGCACUUGACUGCGUAACACACUUCAUGUUCAGUCCUAGCGGACUGAAAUCUCUCACCGAUGAAAAUGACUUUGAGCUGAUGGAGGAAAUGACGUACCAUAACAGCUUACAGAAAAACCUACUUCCUUACUACCUGCCACAUCUCGCUCCAUACUUCCCUUCUUGGCUGCGACCCCGUCGGGCCCCUAAAUCCAACGCAUACGUCCAUAGAGUCACGGCCCAGACAAGUCCAGACGGAUACAGUCUCCUUGCUCGUCUCUUGAGAAAGGAUUCGUCCAUAACCAGAUCACAAGCAGCAGCAGAAUGCAAAGACCACAUGGCGGCAGGAAUCGACACAACAGGCGAUGGCUUGUGCUUUUUGAUGUGGGAGUUGUCGCAACCGCACAACUUUCGAUUUCAAGACCGCCUUUAUGAGGAGCUUCGCUCAGCACCAGAAGGUACGCACAUUGAUCGAUUACCGUACCUUGAUGCUGUAAUCAAGGAGGCCUUGCGCUGUGCACCGCCAAUCCCAAUGUCAUUCCCUCGUUAUGUGCCAAGCGGUGGUAGAACAAUUGACGGGACCUUCAUCCCCGAGGGAAUCAUCGUCAGCUGCCAGCCGUACACCGUGCAUCGCCUCGACACAAAGGUUUUUCCGGAUCCAGAUACUUUCAAUCCGGAUCGUUGGAUGGAGGAAGAUGGCAUCAACGAGCGCAACCGACUGUUCUUCGCCUUUAGCACCGGAGGGAGAGGGUGCACUGGAAGAAACCUGGCGACUGUCGAGAUGAAGAUCCUCCUCCAAGAAGUUUACUCCCGGUUCCAGACGACAGUGGCUCCGGACAUGACUAGCUCCAUGGAGAUUGACGACCAAAUCAUCUCGUCUCGACCAAAGGGGCAGACGUGCAAGCUUAUAUUUACUCCUCCCAUUCAGGCCCUUCUUCUACUUUCUCCCAACAUUCCCGUAGCUACCUCCUCACCAUCUCCCCCAGAACUAUCAUUCCUAUACACGGCCUACGUCGAAUGCGAAUCAAGUCUCAUGAGCUCUCCUGGUCCUCACGGUGUGCGACGUACAAUUCCAAUCGUGGGUGGAAACUUCACUGGUCCUAAUCUAUCCGGCAAGAUCCUCGACGUCGGCGCCGACUGGGGCUUAGUCGAUCCCCAAACCGGCAUCUUCAGCGCAGACACCCGAUACAACUUCCGGACCGAUGAUGGAGAGAAUAUUUUCCUUCAGACAUCUGGGCCGAAGUCGCCCAGUGGACAGCUACAUCUUCGACUGGUUUUUGAGACGGGUAGUCGGAAGUAUUACUGGUUGAAUAAUGUUGUUGCGAUCGGUAUUCUUACCAAUGUGGCCGAGACGGCUAAUACUAGUCUGCUCAGGAUUGAUGCUUGGAAUAUGGCUACGGAUCGGAAUUCGACGAGUUUUGUGAAUCCAACUACUACUACUACUACUGACUGAGAAUGCCUGGAUAUGUCG